AAAUUAUUCUGUUUAUAUAUGAACGUGCUUCUUCCUUUUUACGGCAGCAUUUCAUGACGAUCAAAGAUGUGUAAUCCGUUUAUUCAUUUUAUUUGGAUUAAUAUUCUUUACCAUGUUUCGUGUAAUAAUCAGCUUGUAAGACCCGGAUUUACCAGGGCAAACAGUAGUUCUGUUGCAUUUAAUGGAUACCCAUCGAAGACAGUUGAUGGAAACAACAGACAAAAUCACUAUACAUUCUGCAUGUUUACGGCUGCUGGUCACAGAGAGGCCUGGCUUAGGAUUGACCUUAGAAAGAUCUACAACAUCCAUUCUGUCAAGUUCUGGUAUAUAAAUGACUCCAGACUACCAGGGUAUGAUACCAGAAGAAUACAAGGAUUUAGCAUUCGUCUCUCAAACAAAACUCAGACUGACCGGCAGGACAUUUGUUAUCAGGAUGAUGGAAAGACAACUCUGCCUCCAAUUAUAGAACAACAAUGUAAAGGAGUAGCCCAGUUUGUUUGGAUUUACACAAAUAAAACGUUUUCUGAUGUCGCAUUCCUUGGAAUAUGUGAAGUGCAGGUUUAUGGUUGUUCAUACCAGGACAGUGAUGGAAAUUGUAUUCCUUGUGACCAGUGUAAGAAUGAUUGCAAUAUACACGGGGAGUGUGAUGGAAUGGGUUGUAAAAGUGAACAUUUUCUUCCUCCAUUCUGUAAAGCAUGCAGGAAGGGCUUUUACGGAAGAAAUUGUAGUCGUUUAUGUGGACAUUGCGCGGAAAAUUUAGGCUGUGAUCAAGUGAAUGGCUCCUGCUCUGCUGGACGAUGUGAAUCAGGAUGGAGUUAUGCACUUGGAGACAAAUGCAAUAAAGAAUGCCCCAAUGGGGUAUAUGGUGAAGGUUGUCAAGAGCAGUGUGGAAAAUGUGAAGGUGACAGAUCAUGUCAUCACAUUAAUGGAUCCUGUCCCGGACUUUGUGAACCCGGAUAUCUAGGAGAGAGAUGCCAAAAUGUAUGUAACAAGGGGUUUUAUGGCAAAGGAUGCCUGGAAAAGUGUGGUCACUGUGAUAACGACCAAUGUCAUCACAUCAACGGAUCCUGUUCCGGUCUUUGUAAAUCUGGAUAUCAAGGAUAUAAAUGCGACAGAACAUGCAACCCUGAUUGGUAUGGCAGAGAAUGUAAAGAAAAAUGCGGUUAUUGCAGACAUGAAAGCCCGUGCCAUCCCGUGACCGGAUCUUGUUCAGGAUUAUGUGAACCAGGAUAUUCAGGAGAUAAAUGCGCGUUUUCUGAACAACUGGCAAAUCAAAGAGAAAUGAUUAAGUUAAUGAGGGACUUACUGUCAUAUAAAAGACGCAAAGUUGAACUGAAAGAAAAUGGCACUUCUCCCACUGAUUUGAAAUGAGGGAACUAUUUUUGGAAAAAAGGAAAACCAAUAAAACAUUGGAAUCUUCAAAUAAAGUAUAGUUUUCAUUGCACCCUAUCUCUUCUUGGAUGUUUUAGAGGCUGCUCCUAACUUAUAUUCUAUUGACUUCGAGAUUGAUUACAGUUAUUUUUCCCCAAACUUCGAUCAUGAGUACAUGUACACAUAUUUGCUUAUACAUGUACCGUUAAUUUAUCCUUUGAAUCCAACUAUAUUAUUUGGUAUGUUUUUCUUGUCAUAGAAUAUAAUAGAAAAUAGAAAUCAAUGAAGAUAUGUAUCAAAAUAUUAAGUUGAAAUGUUCUGUACUCUGUUUGCAUUCUACUUUAUAAGUUUAUUUUGUUAUAUCAAUGUUGUUGUAUAUAAUUUUGAUUUCACAAUCAAUUUGAAUUUUUUGUCUAUUUCAAAUAAAGAAAGUU